AUGGACCCGUCGUUCAUCCGCCCCAUGCCCGUCCUCCACGCCACCAUGGCGCACAUGCUCUCCCUGCUGCACGUCCCCUUCCCCCCCCCGCCCUCCGCCGCCAAGGGGGGCGCGGAGGAGGGGGAGAUGGAGGGGGAAGGAGUGGGGGAGGAAGGAGGGGGGGCAGGGGGGCCGGGGGCCGAGGGGGGGCCGGGGAUGCGGGUGCUGCUGCUGCACUCGUUCCUGUGGGAUCGCAUGAGGGCUGUUCGUGCUGACCUGCGCAUGCAACACCUGUUUGGCCGCGAGGCCAUCAACAUGCACGAGCAGAUGGUGCGGUUCCACAUAGUGGCGAUGCACGAGCUGUGCGAGUACCCCAAGGGCGAGGGCUUCAGCGACGGCUUUGACGCGCACCUCAACAUCGAGCAGAUGAACAAGGCGUGUGUCGACCUCUUCCACAUGUACCAUGACCGCCGCGCUGACCUCUCGCACGCACAAGCGCGGGCGAGCGAGGGCGAGGGCGGGGAGGAGGGGGAGGUGGCGGAGUUGGAGGCGUGUUUGGCGAAUGAAGGGGAGCUGAGGGGGUACUACCUGCUUCUGAAGAUUGACCGCCACCCGGGUUUCAAUGUUGAGCCGGCAGAGUUUGCAAGGGAGCUCUCUCUCCUCCCCCACAUCGUCAGGAGCAGUCCUGAAGUCGUCUUUGCUCGCUCCGUUGCAAGGGCGUGUCGCACGCACAACUUUGUGGCGUUCUUCCGCUUGGCUCGCCAGGCCACCUACCUGCAGGCCUGCCUCAUGCACGCGCACUUCAGCAAGAUGCGUUCAAGAGCACUGGCAGCGGUGUAUUCAUCCAUUGCCAAGGGCCAGCAGCUGCCAGCUCUCACACUUGCACACUGGCUCGGCAUGGAGCAAGAGCCAGAGAAGCUGCGGGCGCUGGUGGAGCAUCACGGCCUGGCGCUGCACCCCUCAGACGCCCCAGAUGCCACCUUCCCAGAUACAGCCUUCCCCGCAUCCGUUCUGCUGGCCGGGUGCUGCCUGGUGAAGGGCGCGCCCCUGCUGCAGGCAGGCACCCCCCUGCCCCCGUCCUCCUCUGCCCUUGUGCGCAGCAAGCAGAGUCAGUUUAUUGAUGAUGUCAUUGCUGAGGUCAGCAGUGGGGCGGGAGGAGGGGGUGGAGGGGAGGAGAAGGGUGGUGAGCAGGUGGAGAGGCAGCAGUGGGCAGAGGAGCAGAGGAGACGACAGCAGGCUUGGUUGCAGCAACAGCAGCAGCAGCAGCAGCAGCAGCAGAAAAUGUUGAUGGAGCAGAGGCAAAGGGAGGAGCAGAUGAAGGCAAUGGAAGAGAAGCAGAGGGCAUUAGAGCGGGAGAUGGAGCGAGAGAGGGAGCGAGUGAGGGAGCUUGAGAGGAGGGCUGCUAUCCAGGCACAGGUGAAGCGGCAGGAGGAGAAGAGGAGGGCGCGGGAAAGGGAGGAGAUGCGGGUGCGGGAAGAAGAGAAGAGGCGGGAGAGAGAGGCAGAAGCAGCGGAGAGGGAGAGGAGGGAAAAGGAGAGGGAGGAACAGGUGAGGCAAGAAAGACGAAGGAAAGAGAUGGAGAUGAGGGAGAGGAUUUUAAAAGAGAGAGCGAGGGUGGAGAGGGAGAAGAGGGAAGCGGAGCAAAGGGAGAAGGAGAGGCAGGAGAGCAUUACGAGGGAGAAGGAGAGGAAGGAGCGGGAGAGGAGGCAGUGGGAGGAGGAGGAGAGGCAGAGGAGGGUCAGGGAGGAGCAGGAGAGGGAGGAGCAGGAGAGGGAGCGGGCAGCGUUGGAAGAGGCGGGGCGGAAGGCGAGGGGUGUGUGGCUGCGGCGCGUUGUGAGGAGGUGGAGGCAGAAUGCGGCUCAGCAGGGCCAGCUGAGACGGCUGCGCCAGCUGGCAGUCAGUGAUUGGCAGCUGGAGGGCUCUAUUGCUUCGCAGCCGACUGUGGUAGCAUCCAAGCAAGCCCCACACAAGCGGUUGCGGGGAGCAGCAACAUGGGGGCCGCGGCCGCCUGCACUGGGCAAGGCGAGCGCCGCGGACCGAGGGGGCACUACAGCAGAUAGCCGGCUUGCCCUAGCAGCACCCAGUGCCGGUGGCCCAAGGUUCCUCCAUCCAUCAGCGCCUUGGGGACGAACAGGCUUCGCUGCUCCCACUGCCUUCGCUGCUCCCAGUGUCUUUGCUGCGCUCUCUCCUCUGGACGUGGCACGCCUGGUGGGCGGUAGGCUGGCGGGCAGGCAAGUUCCAUCCAGCAGCGCUGGUCCGCUGCUGAGUGCGCGCCGAGUGGUUUCGUGGAAGCUUCUUGUGUGCUGGCCAGAACGCGAGUCGCAGGACACGCCGUCACCACUCCAUGACGCCACACACUGGCUCUGCAGCACCCUCUCCGCCCCCUCCCACGCCCUCAACGCCCUCCAGCAUCAAACAGCACCACCCAGCACACCUCGCGGCUCAUCCGCCUCUCAGCCCUCUGACCCGUCGCUGCUCGCCUGCUACGUGGCUCCCAUGCCACACCGCACUGCAGCAGGAGAAGCAGCACCCGAGCUGCCAGGUGGUAGUUCAGGUGCUGAUUCAGGUGAAACCACGCGAGCACGGGGGCAAGGCUCGGCUUCCGACUGGCUUUUCUGGCUUGUGGUGAGGCGGGUCUCAGCACAAGUGCAGAGUGGAGAUGGUGGAAGGUUCAUGGAAGGGGCUCAAGCGAUGGUGUGUGUUGUGGACGGCAACAGCAAUGCAGAGCCCCAGGUGCAGCACAUCAGACAGGCCGUGGCGUCCCUCCCAACCUCCCUUGCUCCCAUCCCCCUGCUGCUCCUCGUCCUGCCUCCCCACCCGCCACCACCAUCAGCAACAGCAUCAACGCCAGCAUCACCAGCAGCAGCAGCAGCAGCAGCAGCAGCAGCGUCCAUGUGUCUCUCCACAGGCCCCUGUGCCCCUGUGCCCGUCCCCUCCUCCUUCGCCUCCCUCACCCUCUCCCAGGUCCAACACCCCUCCACCCGUCCACCAGGCCCCCAGUCAGCUCCACCACCCUCUCAGCCCUCAUCCUCCCCAGCCCCCCGCCUCUCUGCUCUCCGCAUCCUCCCUCUCGGCCGAACUACUCCCCCUCAACCUGAUGACGUGGCCCCUCCUGAUUGGCCUGCCAAGAUCGCCCUGGCAAGUGGACUGCGCUGGUUGGCAGAUUCCUCCCCUCUGCCACCUCAGCUUGCUCCGCUCCCCCUCCGCGAUCUCGUGCUGCGCCACCUGUCGCCACGUGUCACGCGGCUAUUGGCCGUGGACCCCUCACUAGUGCGGCCGCAGGAGUGCAUCACUGAGUUCAACGCCAGCCUGGACAGCGCGGCCAAUGACAUCGCGACAGCUGUCGCAGUCUCACCCCUUGGCAGUGGAACCCCUUUGCCUGAACUGCCUGCUUUGCUACAGCUGAUGGGGGGACGUGGGGUAGAGAGACAAAGGCAACACACAGGAGAGAGCAGGGGCAGUGAGAUGGGAGAGAACAGAAGCAAGGCGGACAGUGCAGUUUCAGAGGCAGCUGGUAGACUAGAGGCCUCUUUACUAUCCGCCUCUCUGCCUCCCUCUGAUUGGAACAGCCCUUCUCGUACCUCCCACCUCACCACCGCCCUCUCCUCUCUCCGUCUACCCCACUUCCCCGCCCUCCACCUUUCCUCCUCUCACCAACCAUCUCUCACCUCCCCCUCCUCGUCCCCCUCACCCACCCUCUCCCUGCCGCCCCACCUGUCCUCUCUAGCCCCCCAGCUGCACUCCCAGCUGGCCCCGCUCUCUACCGCACUCCACUCCUUCCUUCGCCUGCUGCAGGGCGAUCAGACCCCUCCUGUGCUUCUGGCACAGCAGGUGCAGCAACUGCUGGCAGAGGGGUGUGGAGUGGUGUGGAGGAGUGGGGGGGAUCAAGGUCAGCGCGGGGAGAAAAGAGGGGAGCAAGGGGAUGUGGGGAGUGCGAGGAGUGCAGGGCGGUUGUGCGUGGUGCCAGUGUGGCCGCGCAUUCUCCUCCCUGUGUUCAUGCGUCGCCUGGAUGCUCUCUUCUCAGACCCUCCCCUCACUGCCUUUGUCCUCGCAACCUCUGCUCCUCCUGCUGCUCGCGCUGCUGCUCCCCCCCCCCUCGCUUCCUCAAUGCAAUCUACUGGUGUGGUGGCUGCAGCUUUGGCAGCAGAAGUGCGCAUGGAGGUUGGAGCCAGUGCGGUGGAAAGUGGUGGAGUGGGAUUGGGCAGCAUGCUGCCUGUGAGUGCGGUGAUGAGGCAAGAAGGCCUCGUGGGGACUGGUAUGGUAAGGGAGCUCAUUAGAACGAGUGGCAGUGCAUGGGUGGGUGGUGCUGCUGCAACGAGUGCCACAAGUGAUGGUCUGACGGACGAUGAAGCAGAAGGAGAGGGGGGGAACGAGGUCGCGUCAACAUUAGAACUUCCUCCUUUGCUUGCAGCACCAUCAGCACCAUCAGCAGUAGCAACCCAAGCAGUGGCUGCUGCUUCCUGGCCUAACACACUAGAGCCAUACCAAUCCCAUCCUCACAGCAGGGCAUGGCAUGCAAUCACUGUGCCCAUCCCCGGUCUCCCCACGUCCCUCAAUCUCCUCCGCUCCUCCCCACCUUCCUUUGCUGCUGCGGCUGCUUUUGCCCCUCGCACCUCUCUCCUAACGUCCCGACCCACCCCCUCCCCUUCACCCUCCCCUCCUCCUCCAUUGCUGCAGCUCCCCCAUCCAUCCGCCCACACUGGCCCCAUCAACCAACCGCUCCCACACUCCCACCUGCUUCCAGCCUCACACCACGUGCCCGUUUCUCCCUCCCGCACCAAUCACAAGCUCCCUGCUCCCAUCCUGCCUGUAUCAUCCCACAGCCAUUCACAUCACAGCCUUGCCCGACAUCCACCACUUCCUCUUUAUAAGCCUGGCUCGGGUUCUGUUUAUAAGCCUGUCCCUCAGCACGAGUGGGUGCGUGGGCUGCAAGUGAAGCGCAAGGCACGGGGAAGUGCAUGGGGUGAUGGGUAUGGCGGUGGUGGGCGUGUGGGCUGUGGGAGUGGUGGUGGUGGGAGAGAGGGUGAUGAGAGAGGAGAGGGUGAGGAGAGGGGAGGCGUGGAAAGGAAAGAAAUUGAGAGAGGAUGGGUGGAGAGAGAAGGGAAGGAGAAAGCGGAGCAUUGGUUUGGCCCGGGGGGCAGGAGGCAGCAGCUGAGGCUGGCAGAGUCUGAUGGUCUGGUAGCCAAUGAGAUGCUGCCACGUGGCAUUGUGCGUGCCGCUGACGUGAUUGCUGCAAGUGGUGUCGGUGGGGGUGGUGAUGAGGCAGACGGGUUGCUAAGGGCAGGUGCUCACGAACGGAGGGUGAGAGAGAUGGUGGACCAACUGAUGAAAAGGAGACAGUCGCCGAUGCCCCCCUCCCCUCUUCUUGUCUCCCCUGCCAUGGUCGCGCCUCCCAUAGUCGCUUCCCGCCUCGUCGCGCCUCCACUCCAUUCAUCGCGCCUCCCCUGCUUUCGUCGCGCCUACCCUCCCCUCGUCGCGCCUCCUGUCCCCUUGAGUCGCGCCUCCACCCUUCCCUCGUCGCUCCUUUCCCCUCCCCUCGUCGCGCCUCCCCCCUCCCCUCGUCGCGCCUCCCCCCUCCCCUCGUCGCGCCUCCCCCCUCCCCUCGUCGCGCCUCCCCCCUCCCCUCGUCGCGCCUCCCCCUCUCCUCUUCGCGGGUCCCAUCAUAACGCCUUUCCUCAUCGCGCCUCGCCUCCCCUUCCAUUUCCUGCCCCAUCCCAUCCCAUCCGUCAGUUCAACUCGACUCCCUUCCCUCCUGUCACAUGCAUGCUCGUCCACCGCCUUUAUGUCUCUAUCCGCCACGUGUCCUCUCUGUCCGCGUCUGUCGAAACUGCACACGACAAGGACGCCAUGCGGCAGUGGUCGCGCAGGCAGCACCGCGAGGGGCGCACAGUGGCACUGGUACCCACCAUGGGGUAUCUGCACGACGGCCACCUCUCUCUCGUGCGCCUCGCCGCCUCGCUGGCGGAUGUGGUGGCGGUGUCCAUCUACGUCAACCCCUCGCAGUUCGCGCCUCAUGAAGACCUCCUCUCGUACCCACGUGAUCUCCCCCGCGAUCUUGCUCUUCUCAAGUUCGCCCCUCAUGAGGACCUCCUUUCAUACCCACGCGACCUCCCCCGCGAUCUUGCCCUCCUCAAGGUACGCCCCCGGUGUUUACUUCCCCUCACUUACUUCCAUUCCCCUCACUUCCAUCCACCUCACUUCCUCAAGGUAUGUUGCUCCUCAUCAAGGCUCCAUGCUCAUCCCCUCAAUGCCCUCCAGGCUCCAUGCUCAUCCCCUCAAUGCCCUCCAGGCUCCAUGCUCAUCCCCUCAAUGCCCUCCAGGCUCCAUGCUCAUCCCCUCAAUGCCCUCCAGGCUCCAUGCUCAUCCCCUCAAUGCCCUCCAGGCUCCAUGCUCAUCCCCUCAAUGCCCUCCAGGCUCCAUGCUCAUCCCCUCAAUCCUUCGCUCCUCAACGAUGUGGCAGGGGCGGCGGUGGUGGGCCCCACGGGCCUCUACCUGCGCCCGCUCUACGCGCCCCCCGACCACCGCCACGCCGUCGCACAGCCCCCUGCAGCAGCAGCGCCCGCCCCUGGCUCUGCCGAAAGCGCAGCUACAGCAGCAGCAGCGGCAGCGGGGCACGAGACGUGGGUGACGGUGGAGCGGCUGCAGCGGCCGCUGUGUGGGGGUGGGCGGCCGGUGUUCUUCCGCGGCGUGGCGACGGUGGUGCUGAAGCUGCUGCACAUCGUGGAGCCUGACGUUGCUGUGUUCGGCAAGAAGGACUACCAGCAGUGGCGCCUCAUCCAGCGCAUGAAGGACUACCAGCUGUGGCGCCUCAUCCAGCACAUGGUGAGUGUUAAGGUGAUUCAAAAGGUUGCUGCUGUUCUUCCGUGGCGUGGCAAUGCUGGUGGUGAAGCUGAGCUGCUGCACAUUGUGGAUCCGGAUGCCGUCGUGCGCGAUCUGGACAUGGCGGUGCAGGUGGUGGGCGCGCCACUGCUGCGCGAGGCGGAUGGGCUGGCCAUGAGCAGCCGCAACGUGCGCCUCUCACCGGAGCACAGGCUGCAGGCUCUCUCCAUCAGCCGAGCGCUGCUGGCAGCCAAGGCAGCGUUGGAGGCAGCUCACAGCGGGACAGGCGAGAGUGAGCGAGGCGAGGGGCGCGCACAGGCGGCAGAGGCGAGCGCGGUGGUGGAGAGAGUGAGGCAGACGGUUGAGGGGGCAGGGGGGCGAGUGGAGUAUGUGCAGGUAGGCAGGGAUGGAGACGAAGCAGCAUGGGAUGGAGACGAAGCAGCAUGGGAUGGAGACGAAGCAGCAUGGGAUGGAGACGAAGCAGCAUGGGAUGGAGACGAAGCAGCAUGGGAUGGAGACGAAGCAGCAAGGGAUGGAGACGAAGCAGCAUGGGAUGGAGACGAAGCAGCAUGGGAUGGAGACGAAGCAGCAAGGGAUGGUGACGGGGCUGUGUUUUUUUUUUUCUGGUAG